CUAUAAACUAGUAGUUCUACCACACGUGUGUGAGAGUUCAGCGAGCUGGACAUGAUGAUCUGUUGAAUUACGGUUUGAAAUGUUUAAAUAAUUGCGUGUAGCAUUCCCAGCAGAGUAUAUUGAGUUCAAUAAUUAUACCUGUCAUCAUCCAUGAAUAAUUUACUUUUUAUGGAUUUGAAACAAGGUCGCUAAAUUUAUAUACUUAUGCUCUUAUGAAGAGUUCUUUAUGUACGUUUCAGGUCGUUGGAAAAACCGAAAAAUGAAAAUUAGAUGAUUACCCCAGCUAUUAAGGUAGAACGUUUUAAUCUAAAGGUCUUUUCGAUUCAAUUUGGAGUCAUAACAGUUUCUAUAAAGGAGUUUUUCGUUGAUGUAAAUGAAAUCCAGGAUUGUUCUGUGUAUAUUCUUGGAAGAAGUGAAUAUGGAAUAGCUGUUCUUUACCCCCAAUAUAACGGAAUUCUCUUCAAAUUCGACACGGAAGGAAGGAACCUGCAUGUUAUGCAGAACGUCCAAGUACCUAUGCAGAAUGUCCAAGUACCUAUGCAGCCUCGUAAGGACGAGAAGCAGUCGAAAUUUAUACCGAAGAUAGAUCCGGAGAAAUGUGAGGGUGAAACGUUCUGCGAAGAUGCAAAUUUUUACCCGUACAACGAGGUGGACCAGCAACUGUCAAAGGCGGGAGACGAAUACAAAUAUAUUUUCGGUAUCGACGAUGUUCAAUUGACCAGCAAGAUGGACAGUUCUACGCCCUACCCUGGAACAGGGGAGGCUAAUGGAGCCUCAAGGGUGAUCCUACAUUCGGUGUGCGAGACGAAGAUGAGGAUUAUUUUUCCGAGAAUAGCCAAGAAUAAGAGGAACCAGUGGAAAUACGUGGUCAACCAGGACGUGGAGAAGGUACAGGGCAUCGCUGUUGAAUGGUGCAAGAAUACUGGAGACAGAUGUAACUAUUUGACGUCGAAGAAUAAAUUCAUGGUACCCACCUGUGGCCAGAAGUACUCUUUUCGAAGACUGUUGACCCUGUCGCAUGAGGGACUCUUGGAAUCUGACAUUUUCGAAUUUCCGGUAGCAUGCAUGUGCUAUGUGAAAUCGUAUCUGUUCAAAUGAGGAAGAAUCUGUACUUUACAUCUGACCAAAGAGGGGCAUAGGCAAUAUUGUGAAUGUGCGUGAUUUCACAAAGGAUCCUUGAAUAUCAAACCUUAUUGUUUAAUGCUCAAAGAUAGGAUCCAAACAAAAUGUUUUUAUUUCGAAGUAUUUAUAUAUUUCAAGUCAAUUGAAGCCAAAAUAGAGACUUUAUUGUGUACAUGCAUUUUGUAAUAAUAUUUAUUUAAGCGAUCAUUCAGAACUACAUCAUCUUCUUAUUAUUUACAUCAGUUCUU